CGUACGUCGACGGAGCGUUAAUGGUAGAAAACGAAGAGCGAAGAGGAACAAGAAGGAUCAGUUUUCCGUGAAAAUCCGUUUUCAUCCUCCACUUAAACGGUGGCUUUUAACACGAAACCGCACAGAACAUAAACGUCACACUUUUACCUUCCCAACGAGCCCGAUAUUGCGGCAGUAUCACGUUUGGUAUGUUAGAAAACAAAUGGUGAAAACUGGGAGAUUGCUGGAGGAGAAUUAGCCGGCUAGCUAAAAGGAGACUGGCUUUGGGUUGAGGGAGAAUAGUCGGACUGCGUUGACUUUUUGCUCAUUUUUCAGCAUUUUCUCUCAUUGUUUGUGUUUUUAAGUCGAAAUCGUCGUCCGGAUCUAUUAAAAAACGCGCUGUUAUUGGAGCUAGCCAGACUGCUAGCUUUUAUUUAGUCGUUUGCGAUGGAGUUGAGAGUGGGGAACAGAUACAGGCUGGGGAGGAAGAUUGGCUCUGGAUCCUUUGGAGACAUUUACUUGGGCACAGACAUCUCGGUGGGGGAAGAAGUCGCCAUCAAGCUAGAAUGUGUGAAAACAAAGCAUCCUCAGCUGCACAUUGAGAGCAAGAUCUACAAGAUGAUGCAAGGAGGAGUUGGGAUCCCGACGAUUAAAUGGUGCGGCGCUGAGGGCGACUACAACGUGAUGGUGAUGGAGCUCCUGGGUCCGAGUCUGGAGGACCUCUUCAACUUCUGUUCCCGUAAAUUCAGCCUGAAGACUGUUCUGCUGCUAGCUGACCAGAUGAUCAGCCGUAUCGAGUAUAUCCACUCCAAGAACUUCAUCCACAGAGACGUGAAGCCCGAUAACUUCCUGAUGGGCCUGGGGAAGAAGGGCAACCUUGUUUACAUUAUCGAUUUCGGCCUGGCCAAGAAAUACAGAGAUGCCCGCACUCACCAGCACAUCCCCUACCGCGAGAACAAGAACCUGACCGGCACUGCUCGCUACGCCUCCAUCAACACGCAUCUCGGCAUCGAGCAGUCCAGAAGAGAUGAUUUGGAGUCUCUUGGCUAUGUGCUCAUGUACUUCAACCUGGGCUCUUUGCCCUGGCAGGGCCUGAAAGCUGCCACCAAGAGGCAAAAAUAUGAACGCAUCAGUGAGAAGAAAAUGUCCACUCCCAUUGAAGUCCUCUGCAAAGGAUACCCAUCCGAAUUUGCCACGUACCUCAACUUCUGCCGCUCCUUGCGCUUUGACGACAAACCGGACUACUCAUAUCUGAGACAGCUCUUCAGGAACCUCUUCCACAGACAGGGAUUCUCCUAUGACUAUGUGUUUGACUGGAACAUGUUGAAAUUUGGAGCGAACAGAGCGGCUGAAGACGCUGAGAGGGAGCGCAGAGAUCGAGAGGACAGACUGAGGCACGGCAGGAAUCCAGCCGCCAGGGGCAUGCCCUCGGCCUCCAGCAGACCCAGAGGAACGCAGGAAGUAGCACCGCCCACACCCCUCACCCCAACCUCACACACAGGAAUGGAGCGCGAGAGGAAGGUCAGUAUGAGAUUACAUCGCGGAGCUCCAGUUAACAUCUCCUCAUCUGACCUGACUGGCCGACAGGACACUUCACGAAUGUCCACAUCACAGGCGCUUUCCCGCGUCACCCCCAGUGGCCUGCAGUCCGCUGUACCUCGAUGAGACCCGCACGGGCCACCAGGGGGCGCCAGCGGCCCUUUUUUUUCCUGCACCAGGACUUCUCCAGCAUCUGCAGUCAAACCUGAGCAAAUCAAAGCCAGACAGACUUUAUUUCUUUAUUCUUUUUUCCAGCGCAACUGAAUCCAGUCACUUUGAGGAGAUGGACACCCACACUCUCUCUCUUUCUCUUGGUCUCUCUCUCUCUUGCUCACAUACACAAAGACACCCACCAAACGCACACUCCAAAAAAAAAAAAGAAAAAAAAAAAAAAGAAUUGGAGCACUUCGAUCGCUGUGCUCUUUCUCGCGGCUCUGCGUGGGCAAAAGUGGCCUUUCCAGCAUCUGUCCGUCUUUUAUGCAGUCCUGGAGUGACCCUCAGCCCAGCGCACGUAAACAAACACAUACGAUACUCCAGCUCACCCUCACCUGUUGCAAAAAAAAAAAGAAAAGAGAAAAAAUGUACUCGGCUCAGGAUGGAGCUGCUCCAAUAGCCAUCAACAUUGUGCUUCUGUACGUUUCUUUUUUUUUUUUUUUUUUUUUUUUUUUUUUCCCUUUUUUCUUGUUUGACAAUGAUUAAACUCAGUUUUCACGGGCUGUGCGGCCUUUUGUUUGCAUCGAAAUGCAUUUAAGAGCUUCUAGAACUGCUUAUGGAAACUGCAGUUUGAGCUUUGAGGUGGUUUGAAUAAGCCAGAGAGUAGAUUUUAAAAAAAAAUCUAAUUUAUGAGUGCUUUGAUGCUGCCCAAAUCAGAAUUUUAGGGGUUUUAGAUGUCAAACACAAAGACAUAUCCGUUACAUGGGGGGGGGGGGGAUGGACUGAUUUGGCUGCUCGUCUGAACGAAGCCAGCUCUGAGACUCGUUUAUUUCCUGCAGGCCAGUUCGUUCUUUUGGUAUUGGUGUAGUUUAGGUGUUUGUGUAGUGAAGGCCAGCCGAGGGAAGAAGAAUUUAAAAAAUAUGGAUUCUGAAUCGGGAAUCGUAAACACACCAGUACCACUUUAGCAUCAUGCAUUUUGGGUGUUUUUCUCUUUUUUUUUUUUUUUUUUUUGGAUAAUUUCUUGAUCCCAGUCAGCCUGGCGCUCUCUGUCCACUUGCUCACUGUUUUGUUUUUUUGUUUUUUUUGUGUGUGUUUUGUUUUUAUUGCAUUCCCUGAAGCUGUGGAAAGCUGUGAAAAUGCCUGUAUUGUGGAAACGUUCAUGUUCAUGUUGCUGUUUGUUUCAAACUUACAGUCAGUGAUUAAGUCCAUGGCACAGGCGAGCAUACAGACGAGCACGGAUGUGUAGGAUGCUCUGUGUUGUGUGGAAAUAUUUUUUUGUUUUGUGGGGGGUGUUUGUUUUUGCUUUUGGCUUUUUCUUUGGUUUAUUUUUAAUAAAGGACUCCAGCGUGUGUAUUUUGGGGCUCUGCGCAGGAUGGAACAGCAUUUAACUUGAAAAUCCUGCUGAAUUGCGGCCAGUUAUGCAUUUAUAAUUACAUGGUUAUGAAUGAGUUCAGCCUGUCGUAGAAUAUCGAGCUGUUUUGCCAUCCAGCGUGUCAUGGUUUCUUACUUUUAAUGUCUUUUUUUUUUUUUUUUUUUUUUAAUCAAGUUUUAUUUACUGAGUGUUAUCCAGGCUUUUAGUACCAUUUCCCCCCCUCAUCUCAUUAUUUUCGUUUUCUCCAGGUGCUUCGAGCUGUAGAAGAAGCAGAAAGGCGCGCACGGCCUCUCCACGUUUAUUGUUAGUAGAGCAUUUAGGCGUUUUCCGUAGUCGGGAUUGGGGGGGUAGUGGUGAAAAUGAAAAUAUUCAAUUCUGUUAUGUAUAUAGGAUGUUUCUAGUGAUGGCGAGGUACCAUUUUUACAGCAUAGCCUCUGUCUGUCCGUCUGUCUGUCUGUCUGUGUGUAGUGUGUGGGGGACAAUGGUAGCGUUUAGAGGGAUGAGAGGGACUUUGUUCCGUUCUAGAUUUGUUAAGUUAGACUAUUUCUCUCUCCGGUGGUCUCACAAACAAAAAAAAAAAAGAAUAAAUAAACA